AUGACUUCCUCCGCUGAUUUCUCCCGGAUCCUCCCCCGCGUGCUCAUCGUCUCCGGCCGCACCGCCCACGGGAGGAGGUUCAUCGGGGACUAUCACCUACACGGCGCGGUGUCGAUCAUCGUGCCACGGGUGUCCGGUGUGCAUGAGAUGCUCGACUCUUUGGAGCCCAUCCACGGCGUGCUUCUGUGCGUCGGUGAGGGCGGAGAUGACGACCUGUCACCGGAGCAGCUCGAGGCCACGAGGCGCCUCCACCCGAGCGACGCCGCCGAACAAGACUCCAUGGAGCUCCUCGCGUGCUGCUGCCUCGAGCGCAACAUACCGUUCCUCGGCAUCCGCGGCGGCUCGCACGUCCUCAACGUGGCCUGCGGCGGCUCUCUCUACAAGGACGUCGAACGCGAGCUCAUGCCCUCUGCCGCCAUCCGCCACAUCGACUAUGCCGACUAUGACGGGCACCGGCACCAGGUGCGCGUCCUCCCCGGGACACCUCUGCAUGACUGGUUCGCGGACUCCCUCGACAAUCAAGCUAUGAUGGUGAGCAGCUACCACCGCCAGGGCGUGAGGCGGCUGGCGGAGCGGUUCGUGCCGAUGGCGUUGGCGCCGGACGGGCUGGUGGAAGGGUUCUACGACCCCGACGCGUACAGCCCCGGCGAGGGUCAGUUCAUCAUGGGUUUACAGUUCCAACCGGAGCGCAUGCGCAAGGCCGACGGGUUCGACUACCCCGGCUGCCCCAAGGUCUACAAGGAGUUCGUCCGCGCAGCGGUCGCCUACCAGGAGAUGCAGCUGAACGUGACAUUGUUGCCCCUGACGCUCGGGGAGAAGCUGGCACAUGUAUCCCGUCGUAGAAGGUGGACUGUGGCUGUCAUUGUCCAGAUUUUGUGCCCUGUAGGCGUGACCUCGUCUCUGGUGUACGCCUACACCCCUUCCUUCUUCAGCAGCGUCCCAUGGCGGCUGCCGCUGCUGCUCUCGUCCGGCGUCUACUGGUCGCUGCUGUUCCUGAUCAGGUCCUACGCGGAGUUGUUCCUGCCGUGCACGCCGAUGACCGUCGUCGAGAAGCUCUUCGGCAUAGGACUGUGGGGCAUUGGUCUAGGCGUUAUCACUCUAAUGUUGAGCAUCGUCCUAGGCAUCUCCGUCAAGGACACCCGUGUCUUGGCGGGAUGCACCUGCGUCGUCGCUGUGUUCGUCAUCGGGCUCGCAGCGUUCUGGGUGUGGCUUGCUCGCACGUACGGCGGAGUUAACUGA